UAUCUCUUUGAUUAAAGAAAUAAAAUCUGUAAAAUAAGCAUUUUGAUAGCAAAUUGAAAUCUCUUCAAGAUGUUUAGAACUACAAUUCCAAAUGCUAUUCGUGUGAAUAGCAGAUCUUUCACUACUUCGGUAGCUGCCUUAGAAAAGAUCAAGGUGAAAAAUCCAAUUGUUGAAUUAGAUGGUGAUGAAAUGACCAGAAUUAUCUGGCAACGUAUCAAGGACAAGUUGAUCAAGCCAUACUUGGACGUUGACUUGAAGUACUACGACUUGGGAAUUGAAUCUAGAGAUGCUACUGACGAUCAAAUUACCAUUGAUGCUGCCAAUGCUAUCAAGGAAUACGGUGUUGGUGUCAAGUGUGCCACUAUCACUCCAGAUGAACAAAGAGUUGAAGAAUUUGGAUUGAAGAAGAUGUGGGUCUCUCCAAACGGUACCAUUAGAAACAUUUUGAAUGGUACUGUCUUUAGAGAAUCUAUUAUUAUCCCAAGAGUUCCAAGAUUGAUUCCAGGUUGGGAAAAGCCAAUUGUCAUUGGUAGACACGCACAUGGUGAUCAAUACAAGGCCACCGAUUUGGUUAUCACCAAGCCAGGUAAGUUGGAAAUGGUCUACACCCCAGAAGACGGUGGUAAGCCAGAAACCCACACAAUUUACAACUACAAGGGCCCAGGUGUUGGUCUUGCUAUGUACAACACCGAUGAAUCGAUCAUUGGAUUUGCUCACUCUUCUUUCAAGAUGGCCUUGACCAAGAACCUCCCAUUGUACUUAUCCACCAAGAACACUAUCUUGAAGAGAUAUGACGGUAGAUUUAAGGAUAUUUUCCAAGAAAUUUAUGACAAGGACUACAAGGAAUCAUUCGAAUCUAAUGGAUUAUGGUAUGAACACAGAUUGAUCGAUGAUAUGGUCGCCCAAAUGAUCAAGUCCAAGGGUGGAUACAUCAUGGCCUUGAAGAACUACGAUGGUGAUGUUCAAUCUGAUAUCGUUGCUCAAGGUUUCGGAUCUCUUGGUUUGAUGACCUCUGUUCUUAUGACUCCAGAUGGAAAGGCUUUUGAAUCCGAAGCCGCCCAUGGUACCGUCACCAGACAUUACAGACAACAUCAACAAGGUAAGGAAACAUCCACCAACUCAAUUGCAUCCAUUUUCGCCUGGACUAGAGGUAUUGCUCAAAGAGGUAGAUUAGAUGGUACUCCAAAGGUUGUUGAAUUUGCCUCCAUUGUCGAAAAGGCCACCAUUGACACCGUCCAGGUUGACGGUAUCAUGACCAAGGACUUGGCCUUGGCCUGUGGUAAGACCGAUAGAUCUGCCUACGUCACCACUACUGAAUUCUUGGAUGCGGUUGCAGCCAAGUUGGAGGGUCAAAUUAAGGUUUAAUAAUUUUUAUAUAUUAUACACAUGCGAAUAAAA